AAGAGUUGCAGUCGGGCGAUGCGCUCAGCUCAAGCAUGCAUGUGCUGCACACGUACUGUGUUUCUCAGCUGAAGGAGGAAGUUCAGUUUAUCUUUGGUCAUAAAGAAGCUUCGGUAUUUACUGACUCGCUCGCUCGCGGCUUCCACUCGGCGGAGCAUCUCAGUGUGACGGCGCGCAGCGAAGAACGAACGGACGGCAGUUGCGCACCAAAUAGCCACCGUGCUUAUUUCCAUCCUUUGCACUACUCGCAGAUCGGAUUUGUUUAAAACUUAUUUUUAUUUCCUUACUCUACAAUGAAAGCAGUGAACAGUUUAAUUCUCCUGUGGUUGUGCACUCUGCUGCUGGAACGGACAUCAUGCAUCGCUGAGGAACAGAACUCACCCACGACAGAAAGUGUGAAUCCGUGUUGCUACUACCCUUGUCAGAACCGAGGAAUUUGUGUGAGAUAUGGACUAGACAGAUAUGAAUGUGACUGCACCAGAACUGGGUAUUAUGGGAAAAACUGCACUACCCCUGAAUUCUGGUCCAGAGUCUAUGAACUCCUCAAACCCAAUCCAGAUGUCGUCCACUACAUCUUGACUAAUUUUUACUGGCUAUGGAGCCUUAUCAAUAAAACUUUCCUGAGGGAAUGGAUCAUGGCUAAGGUUCUCACAGUGAGAUCAGACCUGAUUCCUAGCCCUCCCACCUAUAACUCCAAGUAUGGCUACCUGAACUGGGAAUCCUAUUCCAAUAUCACAUAUUACACCCGACUCUUGCCUCCAGUGCCACAGGACUGUCCAACACCUAUGGGUACCAAAGGAAAAACUGAGCUUCCUGAUCCCAAGCUGUUGGUGGAAAAGUUCUUACUGAGAAAAGAAUUCAGGCCAGAUCCUCAGGGUACCAAUUUAAUGUUUGGGUUUUAUGCUCAGCACUUCACUCACCAGUUCUUCAAAACACACAAUCGGAUGGGGCUUGGUUUUACCAAAGGUCUUGGCCAUGGGGUGGAUGCUGGACAUAUCUAUGGAGAUAACCUUGCACGGCAGCUGAAACUUAGACUUCACAAAGAUGGGAAGAUGAAGUACCAGAUGAUAAAUGGGGACAUGUACCCACCUACAGUGGCAGAGGCCAAUGUGAGCAUGCACUACACUCAGUCUGUUUCACCAGAAAAGCAAAUGGCUAUUGGACAGGAGGUGUUUGGCCUAUUGCCAGGCUUAACCAUGUAUGCCACCCUUUGGCUACGUGAACACAACCGCGUGUGUGACAUCCUUAAGAAAGAGCAUCCUACCUGGGAUGAUGAGCAACUCUUUCAGACCACAAGGCUGAUUAUUAUAGGUGAGAUCAUUCGGAUAGUGAUCGAGGAGUACGUACAGCACCUCAGCGGAUACCACCUUAAGUUGAAAUUUGACCCGACAUUGCUCUUCAGUUCCAAGUUCCAGUACCAGAACCGCAUUGCUGUGGAGUUUAAUCAGCUUUACCAUUGGCAUCCUCUCAUGCCGAACAGCUUCUUCAUUGAUGGAACUGAGAUCUCCUACGCUGAUUUCAUGUUCAACACCUCCAUACUCACUCACUAUGGAGUAGAAAAGCUGGUGCAGGCUUUCUCAACACAGUCAGCAGGACAGGUUGGAGGUGGUCGUAAUUUACCACAUGUUGUAGCCAAAGUAGCUGAAGGGGUCAUUAAAGAAUCUAGACAACUCCGGCUACAGCCAUUUAAUGAGUACCGCAAAAGAUUUUACCUGACUCCGUACAAAUCAUUCUAUGAAUUUACAGAUGAUAAGGAGGUCGCCCGCGAGUUGGAAGAGCUUUAUGGAGACAUUGACGCGAUGGAGUUUUAUCCAGCUUUGUUGCUAGAGAAGACACGGCCCAGUGCCAUAUUUGGACAGAGCAUGGUAGAAAUGGGGGCUCCAUUUUCCCUAAAAGGUCUUCUGGGAAACCCCAUAUGUUCACCUGAGUACUGGAAGCCUAGCACAUUUGGAGGUCAGACUGGCUUUGAUAUCGUCAACUCUGCUACACUGGAAAAACUGGUUUGUCUCAAUACUAAGUGGUGUCCUUAUGUAGCCUUCCAUGUCCCCCCACCAGGAUAUCAGCAGAAAGAAACUCAUGGUGAAUUGUAGCUAAAAAUAAAGUUAGGAUAGAAUAAGACAUGCUAGAACCAGGCUUCGUUGGAUGCUGCAUCAAAUACAUGUUUACACAGUCGGCUGACUUAAUACGUUAACAACAUAAUAAUAUUUAACUACUGUAUUGAUAUCUGCUAUAAUAAGUGCACUGGGCUGAAUGUCCUGAUAUAAAUUAGGUGUAUUGACUUGCAAAACCCUUACUGUAUAAGGCUGUGGUGUAUAUGUUUUUAAAGCCACAGAAUUUUUUAUUGGCUUUUAAUAGAUUAGAUUAAUGUUGUCAGUGAUGGCAUAAAUAAGUAAUGUGAGUAUAAUGUCACCAAUCACAGGUUGAUGUUGCUUGUACUUCUGGAAAAACUACAUAUUUAUGGACUAUAAGCAACCUAGUGAGUGAUCCUAUUCAGAAAAAAAAUAAAAUGGUAAAGUACCUCCCUGGGACAUUUCUAAUAGCAUAUCCAUGAAAGUGCAAAGAAAAUGGUGAUAAAUGUUUACAUUUUAGGCACAAUGUAAUGUUUUGUAAUAACACUCGGGCAUAAAAGAACAUGAUUGUGGAUCCCUAAAGCUCUAACACAAUACAAUCUUUGUAAGGUGCAAAUAUCACCCUGAACCUUCAGAGUAUAAUUGACAUUCCUUCCCAGUUUCUUUGGAGAAAUAAACUUAACAGGCACUUUAAUAGGUGUACCCCUGCUCAUACAUGUAGCUGCUCAGUCAUGUGGCAGAAAUGCACAAAACAUAUGCAUACAGAUUACAACAGUUUGAGAUCAUAUUGCCUUGCACUUCUGUCAGCCCGAUACAUGAAAUUGAGGCUACAGUGGGUAGACUUAAACAGAAAUACACUGUAAAGUAGUUUUAAGAUUCCUGUUCUUGCCUGCCAUGAGUGUAACCCAGUGGUUUUCUGUUGUUAUAGCCCAUUUGUCUUAAAGUUGCUAUUUACCACGGAUGUAAAAAAAAAAAAAGGGCUAUUUGAAUUAACAUUUGAAAGUGGGUUUUGAGAAAAUGCUCAAAAAACAAACAAACAAGCGGUAUAUAGUUUUCGAAAGCUUUUAAACAAGCAUUAAUCCAUAAAGCGUGACAAGGGGAAUUUUGAAUCUAUGCCCAGUCUUGCAAAAUAUCCUCAGCUGUGAUGUAAUGUCAUGAUUAUUAGAUUUGUAUUAAUGAUUCCCGUAACCUGCAAUCAAUGUUCUGCACAGUCAUGCACUAAAGCGCCUAGUCAGUGAAUUAAGGUUAGGGAUUUUUUUUUUCCUUUUUGAUAACAGCCACUGAGGAUUUUUAUUAUCGUAAAUAACCUUUCAGAAGCACUGGUUUAAAAUUAAUAAUAAAGAUAUAAUAAUUUGUAGAAACUCCUCAUUUUUAACUGCUGCAAUUGUGAAUAAAAAAUGAGUAUGUAAUUACUUGUCAUUUAUUGGACUGAAAAUAAGAAUAUAUGUUGAAAACCAACAAGGUAUGAGAACAUAUUAUUAUGAAUGUUUGUUGUUUUUGUUUUCUAUUGUUGAACUACUCAAUUGUGAGUUUUUGAAAACGAAACACAUUUCUUGAAAUAAAUGGAUUGACUGAUGGUAAAAAUGUAUUAAUAAAAUGCAGCUUUCUUUAAUAACUUA